AUGCAGUUGAAUCAGGCCGAUAUUAUGGAGACUUCAGAUGACCCUGACGAUCACUGGGAUCACGAGAGUACGGCCGGCAUGCUGGCUCUGUACUUGCAAAAUAUAGAAAAGUUUAGAAAUCCAAAAAUAAGGAAAAAGAAUGUAUGGGUGGAUAUAGCUAAUGCAAUCGGUAAAGGUCCGGAUAGCUGCGACAAAAAGUUCAGAAAUCUCAAACAGACAUACAUAAGGUUACUCAGAAAGAAGAAUCGUAGUGGUGUUACAGCAUUCAAAUGGCCAUAUUUUGAUAUAUUUGAGGAGAUUUAUAGCAUUGAUGGUGAAUAUCAACCGGAAAUCAAACAGAAGAUAACGGAUUGCAGCAGUGAUAGAAUUACUAAAGUUUUAAUGGGAAUGGAUUCUUCUUCAAAACAAGAAGACACUUUCGAAAAUGGUGAAUCUUCGAAUGGACAGAAUGAUGAAGUUAAAAGAAGAUUGUUGAGAAAGAGGAAUGCAGAGUUUAGAAAAGUUACAUUAGAAAUGAGAGAUAGGCAGAGAGUUGUCGAGGAGAAAUUAGAUAGAUUAAUAAAUAUAGUCGAAGAGUCCAAUAAUAUUCAGAGAGAAAGGAAUAGGUUGUUCCAACAAUUUCUUGAUAAUUUACAUCAGAACCAUUAG